AUGUAUAAAGGCUACCCAACAGAAAUUAAAAGCAGCACAGGGUAGAAGAUAACAAGACCUUAUAGUUAAUAAAAGUAUUUUAUAAAAUAACUUAGGGAGUAUAUAGAUACGAAGUCUUAAAUAAAAUAGUAAUCAUAUUCUUGUGAAAAGUAAAACUAAUCUACAAUUCUAAAAAGCAAAGUGUCAAGUAAAUAAUAAAUAAAGAACAAAAUGAAACCAAGUCAAAAACGAUAUUAAUUUUAAUAACCAUAGAGUUUAUAAACAACUCAUCGUUAUAAUCAAUCACCAUAUGUCAAGCCUCAUUAAUAAUAGCAAUUAUUUGAAUUAUAGAAAACAAUAAUGGCAGAUUCUAAUCAAGUGAGUAAUAUAGUAAAUCAAAUGUAGUUUCACUCAUAAUCUAAAAAAAAAUAGUAACAGCCAUAAAGGCAUCAUAAAUCAUAUUAAACAAAUAAUAAAGAAAAACAAUCCUAAAGCUUAAAUGGUAGUUUUGAGCUUAAGAAAAGAAUCUUUACGACCAAUUAAGACAUUAAUGCCAAAUAAAAUAUGAUUGCAAAAUCUAAUAGAGCUUAAUCAGUAAUUGAUGAAUAUAAAACUACUGCUAUAGAACUAUAAUAGACAAUGAAAAUCCCAGAACCAAUCUUACCUUUGAGAGUUAUACCUUAUGAUUCAGAGUAAAAGUUAGAUUAUAUAAUAUAUAGAACUGAAUAUGAAGGAUAUAGAAAAGGAGAUUUCUUAACAUUUUAAUCGGAAGAAGAAAAUGAGAAUGAAGACUUAAGAAAAGAAGGAAUUGAAUAUUUCUUAAAAAACUUAACUGAUAAAGAAAUCUUACUCUUGGAAAAAUAUAUAUAUUUAAGAAAAUAUGAAAUGAUGUCUAAGAAUCCAGGAAUAACAAAAAGGAAUGAAUAAUUCGGUAACUAUAAUACUUCAAGAACUUCAUAAUAAUAAUAUAAUUAAAAAUUUUGUAAAUUUAGCAGAUAAACUAAAAAAUGA